UCGGUUCCGCCCGACUCUGACAUGGCGGCGCCCUUUGUCUGCUCUGAAGUGCCGUCCCCGGCCUUCUCGCGGCCGUGAUGCACCUCCCUCUACGGUGGGGUCUGGGACAUGGCAGGUGAUGAGCUGGAGGAGGAGAGCGAAGCUGGAGUUUACGCAAACUGUCGGAAAAGAGUAGCCUGGGCUCCUUGGAAAUCUGAGGCCUCCCCUCGGACGGUGACUCUGGUGGGCACCCCCUCCCCCCACCUCGCACCCGAGGGACCCACGCGUGCAGGUGUGCGGCCUGGGCAGGUGCGGGGUGUCCACGCCCUCACCUCUUCCUGGACCCUCUCAACCUGGCCAGAUCGCGCCAUGGACUUUCCCCAGCACAGCCAGCACGUCCUGGAGCAGCUAAACCAGCAGCGGCAGCUGGGGCUCCUUUGUGACUGCACUUUCGUGGUGGACGGUGUUGACUUCAAGGCCCACAAAGCGGUGCUGGCGGCCUGCAGCGAGUACUUCAAGAUGCUCUUCGUGGACCAGAAGGAUGUGGUGCAGCUGGACAUCAGUAACGCGGCAGGCCUCAGGCAGGUGCUGGAGUUUAUGUACACGGCCAAGCUGAGCCUCAGCUCCGAGAACGUGGAUGAUGUGCUGGCCGUGGCCAGCUUCCUGCAGAUGCAGGACAUCAUCACGGCCUGCCACGCCCUCAAGUCCCUUGCUGAGCCGGCCGCCAGCCCGGGGGAGAAUGCGGUGGCCUCGGCCCCGGAAGCAGGAGACAGGAGAGCCAAAGAGGAGGUGGCGGUGGCUGCCGGGCUGAGGGAGCUGGGCCCCGCCGGCAGCGGUCCAGCCACCGGCCCAGACAGGGAGCCCAAGGAGGAGCGGGGCGGCCAGGCCGAGAGCACGGCCAGCGGUGCCGAGCAGACGGAGAAGGCCGACGCCCCCCGGGAGCCGCCCUCCGUGGAGCCCAAGCCCGACCCCACAAGCAGCAUGGCUGCCGCGGAGGCUGAGGCCGCCUUGUCGGAGAGCUCGGAGCAAGACAUGGAGGUGGAGCCCGCCAGGAAAGGAGAAGAGCGCGAGGAUGAAGGCGCGGUGGCCGCAGAGGUCAAGGAGGAGGGGGCGCCGCUGGAGAAGGGGGAGGCCCCCGAGGAGAGCGAGGAGUCGGCCAGCACGGACUCGGGCCAGGAGCUGGGCGCCGACGCCCGGGGCCCGCGCUCGGGCACCUACGGCGACCGCACCGAGUCCAAGGCCUAUGGCUCGGUCAUCCACAAGUGCGAGGACUGCGGGAAGGAGUUCACGCACACGGGCAACUUCAAGCGGCACAUCCGCAUCCACACGGGCGAGAAGCCCUUCUCGUGCCGGGAGUGCAGCAAGGCCUUCUCGGACCCAGCCGCCUGCAAGGCCCACGAGAAGACGCACAGCCCGCUGAAGCCGUACGGCUGCGAGGAGUGCGGCAAGAGGUUCGUCCAAUCCAGCCAGUUGGCCAAUCACAUCCGCCACCACGACAACAUCCGUCCUCACAAGUGCAGCGUGUGCAGCAAGGCCUUCGUGAACGUGGGGGACCUGUCAAAGCACAUCAUCAUCCACACUGGAGAGAAGCCCUACCUGUGUGACAAGUGUGGCCGUGGCUUUAACCGCGUGGACAAUCUGCGCUCCCACGUGAAGACUGUGCACCAGGGCAAGGCGGGCAUCAAAAUCCUGGAGCCAGAGGAGGGUGGUGAGGUCAGCGUGGUCACGGUGGAUGACAUGGUCACGCUGGCCACCGAAGCACUGGCGGCCACCGCCGUCACGCAGCUCACAGUGGUGCCAGUGGGGGCCGCGGUGACCGCCGAUGAGACGGAAGUACUCAAGGCCGAGAUCAGCAAAGCUGUGAAGCAAGUCCAGGAGGAAGACCCCAACACCCACAUCCUCUAUGCCUGUGACUCCUGUGGGGACAAAUUCCUGGACGCUAACAGCCUCGCCCAGCACGUGCGGAUCCACACGGCCCAGGCACUGGUCAUGUUCCAGACGGACGCGGACUUCUACCAGCAGUACGGGCCGGGUGGCUCGUGGCCGGCCGGGCAGGUGCUGCAGGCCGGGGAGCUGGUCUUCCGCCCUCGGGACGGGGCCGACGGCCAGCCUGCCCUGGCGGAGACGCCCCCCGCAGCCCCUGACUGUCCCCCGCCUGCUGAGUGAGGCGCCCCCUCUUCUGUUUAUUUAAGGAUGGACGGCACCCUAGAUCUGAGAGGGGUGGCCCCGUUCCCUAGAGAGAAUAAAUUUGAUUAUUUUCUAA